UAAUUUUUCAAAACUUAUAUAUAUCUCUCAUUCUACCAUUAAAAAUUAAAAUACAAUAAAAAUAGACCUUAGCUAUAGCUCAAUCUAAAAAAAAAAAGGAACUUGUCAAAGUUUAAAUACAGACACAUUAUCAACCUCUUGUCAAACCUCAUCCUCCACCCCCACUCCCACCCCCACCCCCCACCCCCAAAACAAAAUCCCUUUUCUUCUACUUCUUGUUCUUCAAUGGGUGAUGAACUAAGAGAUUUGUACUAUCACCAACCAUUUCAAGAAGAUUCUUCAUCAUCAAUGGUUCAAAAUAUACAUAUGCUUGAUCCUUCUUUUAUGAGUUAUACUAGUGAGUAUCUACAUGGAUCAAGUAGUGAUUAUAUUACUAAUAAUUCACUUGGAAAACCCUUUGGAUUUUCAAAUCCAUCUCCAUUUUCUUCACUUAAAGACGAUGAUGAUCAUGAUAUUAUAAAACAAGAUCAUGUUGAUGCUAAUAUUAAUUAUAUUAAUAAUGAUGUUGUUGGAGGAGGAAGUGAAACCCCAGUUACACCAAACUCUUCAAUCUCAAAUUCUUCUUCAAAUGGUGAUCAUGAAGAUUCUAACAAGAAAGAUAAGCAAGUCAAGGAUGAAACUUUAGAAGAUGGUGAAGAUGCUUCUAAAAAAGAUAAAGCAAAAAAGAAAGGAGAAAAGAAGCAAAGACCACCAAAAUUUGCAUUCAUGACAAAGAGUGAGGUUGAUCAUCUUGAAGAUGGAUAUAGGUGGAGGAAAUAUGGACAAAAGGCUGUUAAGAAUAGCCCUUAUCCAAGAAGCUAUUAUAGGUGCACAAGUCAAAAAUGCCAAGUGAAGAAGCGUGUGGAAAGGUCAUAUCAAGAUCCAUCCAUUGUUAUAACAACAUAUGAAGGUCAACACAACCAUCAUUUGCCAGCUACUCUCCGCGGUAGCGUUGCAAGAAUGUUGAAUCCUUCCAUGUUAGCACAAACAUCACCAUUAAUGGCACCACAAGCAACUUUUCAUCAAGAAUUCAUCGUGUCACAAAUGCCUCAAUUUUAUGGACAUGGCAAUGCUUUUGGAAAUUCCCCAAUGUAUCAUCAAAAUCUAAAUCAUCAACAGAUGCAGCUACCUCCUCAUCAUGACUAUGGACUUCUACAAGACAUGGUUCCUUCUAUGUUUAAUCUUAAACAAGAACCAUGAGAUUAUUAAUCUUGAGGCUUUGAUCUCUAAUUAACCCUACUUGAAACUUUAAUUUAUUUAUAGCUAUUUCAUUUUCCUUUUCUUUCUUUCUUUUUGUAGUAAUAAUCUAGAGAUAUAGAUGGACUCUUCCUUAAUAUCUCAUGUAUUAUAUAUAUUUUAGUACUUCACCAUUAUAUAUACUAUCUAAUUUUCUCUUCUUUGAACUUA